UAAAUUAAUUUUACCAUUAUUGUAUAGGAAUUGAACCAGUUUGAAAACAUCAGCCGACUCGCCAACCACAAUAACGUAAACAACAUGGACUUUACAUUAGCCCUCUAUGCGUCCAAAGCCAAAAAGACUAUUGCCUGUUGUGUUGAUGAAUAUGAUAGUAGAUUUCCCAACGGCGUGCCCAAGGCGCCACAAAGUACCUCGUUCGCUUUGGCCUUACCAAUCGUACAGUCGGACAAUACCUUAAUAGGUGUACUCGAGCUCUACCGGAAGAAAGGAUCGCCAUAUUUCUUUGAGGAGGACGAGGAGAUUGCCAACAGUUAUCUAGUGUGGGGUGGAGUGGCCCUCCACUACGCUGAACUUUACUACAAUCUAUCGCAACAAAGAAAGCUGAAUACAUUUCUACUAUCAGUAGUCAGAUCUGUAUUCCAAGAUAUGGUUAAUAUGGACGUGGUGGUGUCCAAAAUAUUGGAAUAUGCUCGUAAUCUAGUGAAUGCGGAUAGGACCUCGCUGUUUUUGGUGGACUAUGCUAAAAAUCAAUUAUACGCCCAUAUAUUUGACGCCAACGAUAACAAAGAGGCCGAUGCGCUCAAAAACGAGAUCCGAUUCCCUAUUGGGGCGGGUAUUGCCGGAUAUGUGGCCAAAACCGGCGAACCCUUAAACAUACCCAACGCUUACGCCGAUGAGAGGUUUAACCGUAGUAUUGACCAGAAAACUGGUUACACAACAAAGAGCCUGCUCUGUAUGCCCAUUUUCAUCGAGGACAAGGUGAUUGGUGUAUUGCAAAUGGUAAAUAAAAUAAACGAUGUAUUUACCAAAGAAGACGAGGAUAGUUUUGCCGUGUUUGCCACUUACUGCGGGUUAGCUCUAGAUCACGCCAGGUUGUACGAAAAAAUACAUAAAUCAGAGGAGAAAUAUAAGGUCGCGCUGGAAGUGCUGUCAUAUCACAACACGUGUACCAAUGAUGAGCUCAACACAAUUAAAUCGCGGCCAUUAGACUCACUGCCCAAUGAGACA